CAGCGAAAUUUUCUCCCACCACAACCCCUAUCUUUUUCAUUGAAAACACGAUUUCUCCUUUCUUUCAAAAUGGAUCAAAACUUCAACAUUUUCCCUCUCAGUGGCCGUGGUUCUCAUCCCGAACAGUGAACAGUUCAAUAGAUCUCUCAAAUCAAAGUCACACAUUUACAUCUACGUUUUACGCUUUGCUUUGAAUUAGAGAAGUCUUCAAAGCUCUUUCCUUUUUUAUUUUCUAGUUAUUUUCCUGGUUCAAUUCUGACAAAAGAAGCACCAGGAAAACCCUAGAAAAUCGGACUGAACCAUUAGUGCUGCCUUCAAAUGGGGGACAUGCCCAGAAAGAUCGACGUGGAGAAGCUAAUUUCUUAUAGCAACGAUCUGGUGGAGGUAUUGAAGGACAAAAAGGACCUUAAUGGCUUGACUCAGUGUUUGGAUCACUCCAAGUCCCUUCACUCCUCCUGUGAAGCUGAUUUCAACUCGGUUCUCAACUCCAUUCAAGAUUAUGAAAAAAAGAUUGAAGUUUGCAAGCAGAAAACAGAGCGGGCAAAAUCUGAAGUUGCUGCUGAAGCUGAAGUGGGCCAUCUUCAGAAUGAGCUGGAAGAGGAGCUUGAAAAAGAACGUGUACUCCAGGAGGAACUUAGAGCUAUCUCCAAUGAGAUUAAGGAUUUAGAACGUCAGAGGAUUGUAAUUGAAGAACAAAAGCGAGCCUGCAAAAAAUCUGAGCAAGGCGAGCUUAGGGCACAGAUGAAGCUAUCAAUGUAUGCAUCAGUCACAAACAUUAUCCCAAACUUGGAUGAUCAAUCUAAAAUUUCAGGCUAUAUAGUGGACAGGGAUAAAAAUGUGAUUAAGAAGUUUAAAUACGACCCGGCGAAGCAGACAACAUAUGAUACGUGUGAUAACAUUUGGAAGACAAUAAAUUUGUGAUAGAUAUUUGACAUUCUUCCCUUCAUAAGACAGAUGUCAUCCAUUGUGUGAUAAUGCUUUCUUGUGCCCUUUCUUGUA